CGCUUCUCGGCCCGCGCCACUGGCGGACCGGGCGGGGGCGGGGCGGCCCCGGACGGCUGGGCCCCGAACCCCGGCCUGCGGGAGGAGUGGGCCCUCGGCCCUGGGAAGCUCCGGGGCCCCAAGCCCAGUCCCGAGCGGGAGGCGGCUGGGGCCAGGGUUCUGAGUCCUGGUUCGGGGAAUGGGGGGUGCGUGGCAGAAGCGCCCUGACCCCCCUCCCCCCACUACCCCUCCACCGCCACCACCUCCCAGCCCCAGGAUGCUCCCCUUCGCCUCCUGCCUCCCCGGGUCUCUACUGCUCUGGGCGCUGCUGCUGCUGCUUUUGGGGGCAGCGUCUCCCCAGGAUUCGGAGGAGCCCGACAGCUACACGGAAUGCACAGAUGGCUAUGAGUGGGACCCUGACAGCCAGCACUGCCGGGAUGUCAACGAGUGCCUGACCAUCCCCGAGGCCUGCAAGGGGGAGAUGAAAUGCAUCAACCACUAUGGGGGCUACUUGUGCCUGCCCCGCUCAGCUGCCGUCAUCAAUGACCUGCAUGGCGAGGGACCGCCACCACCAGUGCCCCCCGCUGAACACCCUAACCCUUGCCUACCGGGCUACGAACCUGACGAGCAAGAGCGCUGUGUGGACGUGGACGAGUGUGCCCAGGCCUUGCAUGACUGCCGCCCCAGCCAGGAUUGCCAUAACCUGCCCGGCUCCUACCAGUGCACCUGCCCUGACGGCUACCGCAAGAUUGGGCCUGAAUGUGUGGAUAUAGACGAGUGCCGCUACCGGUACUGCCAGCACCGCUGCGUCAACCUCCCCGGCUCCUUUCGCUGCCAGUGCGAGCCGGGCUUCCAGCUGGGGCCGAACAACCGCUCCUGUGUAGACGUGAACGAAUGUGACAUGGGGGCUCCAUGUGAGCAGCGCUGCUUCAAUUCCUAUGGGACCUUCCUGUGUCGCUGCCACCAGGGCUAUGAGCUUCAUCGGGAUGGCUUCUCCUGCAAUGAUAUUGAUGAGUGCAGCUACUCCAGUUACCUCUGCCAGUACCGCUGUGUCAACGAGCCUGGCCGCUUCUCCUGCCACUGCCCGCAGGGCUACCAGCUGCUGGCCACGCGCCUCUGCCAAGACAUUGAUGAGUGUGAGUCGGGCACGCACCAGUGCUCUGAGGCCCAAACCUGUGUCAACUUCCACGGGGGCUACCGCUGCGUGGACACCAACCGCUGCGUGGAGCCCUAUGUCCAGGUGUCUGACAAUCGCUGCCUCUGUCCGGCCUCCAACCCCCUGUGCCGGGAGCAGCCUUCGUCCAUCGUGCACCGCUACAUGAGCAUCACCUCGGAGCGGAGUGUGCCCGCGGAUGUGUUCCAGAUCCAAGCGACCUCUGUCUACCCUGGCGCCUACAAUGCCUUUCAGAUCCGCGCGGGAAACUCGCAGGGGGACUUCUACAUUAGGGGAAGUCUGCCUGCUCUGGGUCACCAAAGGCCCCACCACUCCCCAGAGUCUCCCACCUGGCCUUGAAUCUUCAGUUGACCCUGGUUAGACAAAAGAACUAGACGGAAAGGGUGGGAAGAACUCUAGAGGGAGAUUUCUGAGGGCAGGAGCCUGGGUGCACCAGUCAAGAUGUCAAGGGUAUCACAGAGCCGAUGAGAGCCUGAGGUCACAGCCUGGCGGGCUCUCUACUUCACAGCCAACUGCUUGUGGGUUCAUGAUGCAGGACAGGGAGGUGAUGCCGGGGCAGGGUCUUGGCAUGUAGCUUGACGCAAU